AUGAAGUUGGAAGAGAAAAGUUUCCCUAACCAGCGAUCUUGGAAAUUCCGCAGCCGCCCAGACUGGGCCGACGAUGUCUCCGACUCUGAACAGAUCAACGAUCCCUCUGCGCUGCCCGCGCCUGUGACGACGGUGAACAAAGAUGGCACACGGACGACGGUCUUCUACCGCUUCAAUGACCAGGGCCAGAAGGUCAAAGUCACACGCAAGACGCGCAUCACCACACACAAGGAAAAAGUCAACCCGGUCGUCGCUGAGCGGCGCACCUGGGACAAAUUUGGGCUUGAAAAGGGUAAACCCAAAGGCCCGCAACCCGAUACCACCUCCGUGGGCGAGAACAUCCUCUUCAGACCGAGUCGCGAUUGGAAGAAUGUGCAGGCCGAAGAGGCCAAAGCGGGCGGCGGCAAGGCCGAGGAGAAAUCUCUAAAAGAGCAACUGAGAGACAAGAAGGUGAAGUGUCGAAUCUGUCAGGGCGAGCAUUUCACGGCCAGAUGUCCCUUCAAGGACACGAUGGCCCCCGCGGACGAUGGCACAACACCCGUGGCGGAUCCCAUGGCCGAAGACGAAGAAUCUGGCGGGCCCAAAGCCCAAGGUGGACUCGGCGCUGGUGGCAGCAGUUACGUCCCUCCGCAUCUCAGGAAAGGAGCCCAAGGAGCCGGAGAGAGGAUGGGCGGAAAGUACGAGAGAGACGACUUGGCCACAUUGCGAGUUACGAAUGUCUCCGAGAUGGCCGAAGAGCAAGAGCUGCGCGAUCUCUUCGAGCGGUUCGGCCGCGUCACCAGAGUCUUCCUCGCCAAAGACAGAGAUACCGGCCGUGCCAAGGGGUUUGCAUUUAUCUCCUUUGUGGACAGAUCUGAUGCCGCCAGGGCGUGUGAGAAGAUGGAUGGCUUCGGUUACAGACACUUGAUCCUGAGAGUGGAGUUUGCAAAGAGGACGACCUAG